AUGGCUCCCCAAUUUCGCGGCAGCAAUCUGGUGAUACAAGACUGCCCACCGGAUCAGUCUCACUUUGAUCCUCCAACCCCAAAGCACAAAGCCCUUGCCUGUCGACUGAAGAGCCGACUUGCGACCUGGAGAUUAGUCCCCACGCUCCCCAAGCGCAGGACAUUGGCAAACUUUGGUGCUCUAGGGAAUGGCGAAGGCCAUGACAAAGCUGUGAAGAAGCAGGGCUUGAGUCGUUCGAUUACUAUAGCCAAUUUCAAUAACCUUGCCAGGCUCAGGCGCCACAAAAGUCCUCCAUGCAUACCCUCCGACGAUACCAAGCUCGAUUAUUCGCCCACAAAUCGGUCACCCACCCCUCGACAGCAUGGUGAGGCUGAUCCAUUCGCCGAGGAAAAUGUAUUUGAUACAAGCCUGGAUGCUCUGCUGCUUCUUCUUCCCGAUGGCUCUUCUACGCCACGCCGCCGCGAUUCAAUUAAACGCCAGUCAGCUCUACCGCGUGGACUAGAUAUCAACAAAACCGCUAUAGCUCGUUCUUCCUCGGGCAAGUCGAACAUUGGCCCUAGUCUACCCCGCAGAUCACAGCCGUAUGCUACUCGCGACAUACCCCCGACUGGAAAUUGGACACCAGUCAUUCCUCGACGCACCUCAUCCAGAGUCACGGGGGAUAUUAGCCACCGAGUUCCCAGCGAGCGCAUCCAGUACAAGAAGCACCCCUCGCCAAGCAAGAAUACCCUGAAGUCUCUUAAGUUGUGCUGCCAGGACGCUAAACUUCGCCCGCGGGUAGCUUUCUCUUUCCGCAAGAGUUCAACAGUGCAAGAUUUGAGCGCCGGCAUCUACGGCUUAUACGAGGCCACCACUGUGUCGCAAAAAAGACGCUCUACGCCUUCUAGGAAGGUGAAGCUGAUUCACCUCAGGGGAAAAUCUUCAAAAUCCGCCAGUGCCCCGACUGCAGCCAAAGAAAUAGCCGGUAGUGCAUCCGAGAAAUCCAAUGGUACCUCUGCGAGAGUACAGGCUACCUCUAAGAGUACGCUUGCGGUCACGCCUCGUCACAAAAACGUCGUAAUCCCGCCCUCUGGGUGUUACAGGGACCCCGAUGUUAGUGAAGCAACACGGUCGGGGAGGACCCUGCGUCUUCGAUCUGUCAAUUUACGAGACAGCACCAGGUCGCCACCACCGCGAUAUACCCUGCCACGGCCAGACACAUCGAUCAGAUCCCAGCAAGCACCCAGUUCUUUCUCAAGAAACCUGCAGCCGGUCAGAAUUUUGAUUGACAAAGAAAAUCUGAUUCCGGACUACGCAGAAAAGAAAAAGCACCCAUCCCCUACGAAAGAGGAGUGGGAAAUCCUCGGGGGUUAUUGGAGGCACGAGAUGGACGAACUGGGCCUUCAUGUCUAUGGAUUUGCACCCGCCUCUGCGCAGCUAGACAGCAUCGGACACCCUGCCACUGUCAACCAUCAGCAUAAUAUCCGUUGA